UACCUAGAUACCUAUAGGUAUUUAAUACCUAAGUUCAAUAAAUAUUUAUGUAAAAAUAAGAUAUUUGUUGAAUGUUAUAUUUUUUUUUAAACAAAUAAAACCUAGCUCAUUAGCAUCAAGAAAUGAUUAACUUAUCUACGUGAGUGAAACGAAAACAGCAUAACCUCAAAAUCAAAACACAACAAGGAUGGCUACAAAAUUUGAUGCGGCGGCUUAUACAUUUCGUAAGAAAUUUCCAUAUGUAAGCAAAGACUUGCUUCGAUGGUUUCCGGGGCACAUGAACAAAGGUCUGAAGCAAAUACAACGAACUUUGAAAUCAGUCGACUGUGUGAUAGAAGUUCACGAUGCCAGAAUACCGUUUUCUGGACGGAAUCCAAUCUUUACGAGUACAGUAACAGGUGCAAAGCCUCAUAUAUUAGUUCUGAAUAAGAGAGACUUAAGUAUUCAUUCGCUUAUACCGAAAGUUAAGGACCAGCUAGUGGCAGAAGAAGGUGUCAGAAAUAUAGUAUUUACAAAUUGUAAAGAUCAGUUUUGCAGAGGUCUCAAGUCAUUAAUACCCUUAAUGAUAGAUCUGAUAAAGAAUUCAAACAGAUACAAUCGCUCAGAAGAGUCAGAUUACAAUGUGAUGAUCAUCGGUGUUCCCAAUGUUGGUAAAUCGUCACUAAUUAACAUGCUCCGCAGUAGGAACACACACCAGAAACAUGUUCUCCCUGUGGGUGCUGUAGCGGGAGUCACAAGGAGCCUGCAUACCAAGAUGAGGAUUAAUAGCAACCCAACGAUCUUUAUGUUUGAUACACCUGGUAUUCUAGAACCUUCGGUAACCAACAUAGAGAUGGGUCUAAAGCUUGCUCUCUGCGCGUCACUGCAGGACCACUUGGUGGGCGAGGAGAUGAUAGCCGAUUAUUUGCUGUUCUGGCUCAACAGCCAUGGGAAGUUCAAAUAUGUGGACUACAUGGGGCUGGAGGAACCGUGCGAUGAUAUUAAUAAAGUACUAAUAUCGGGCAGUGCGAAAUUUAACCGGAUAAGGGUUGUCCGGGACUUCGACGGUAGCACCCGGAUGGUCCCGGAUAUCAUAGAAGCGGCCCGGUUAAUGAUCAAAGCGUUUCGGACCGGGGAAUUGGGGAAAACCCUCUUGGAUAUAGAUUUGUUAAGAGAUAAAAAUGUGGAUAGAGAAAAUGUAUUGUAAAUUUAGUUAGAUUAGUGUAAUAGAUAGGGAGGCGAAGAGGGGAAUUUUCUGUAAUACUCGAGCGUGG